AGGAAGAUGGGCUUAUAUUUUCAAGACCCGGCUGAGUUGGACAAAGCGGGUUUUGGAGUGUGUGUUCGGGUCUUGGCCGCCACCGACGAAGAUGUUCACUUCAGGAUUGUCUCCAUCUCUCCUAUUCCCCGCAUUUCAUCACAAACUUUAUUCAUUUCUCUUCUCUAUUCGCAAUCAUCGCUGUUAACUGGUGCAUUCUGGAACACUGGCUGGUUAAUGAUUCAUAGUGUUCUAAAAGCAAGUAGGUUUCAAAAUCCACGUAGAGAAUCCCUUGUUUUGACCAUUGCUAUCAGUGGUUGUGUUUGUCGUUUAGCAUUUAGCUCAAUGAAAGAAAUCAAUUGUAAAGUGGAUUCUAGUUCAUGUACUCUUGCCCCCAAUAGGGAACCCUGCAUCACAGAGUCCUUAUCAGUUAGUGGGAAUGGUACUACUACUUCAUCUAUAAGUGUAAAAUCCACCCCUGAAAUUGAAAAGAAGUUUGUUCAUCAUGUAUAUGAUGCUAUUGCGCCGCAUUUCAGUGCCACCCGGUUUGCCAAGUGGCCGAAGGUUGCAGCAUUUUUGUCAUCUUUGCCUUUGGGAUCUCUUGUCCUCGAUGCCGGAUGUGGGAAUGGGAAAUACUUAGGUUUGAAUCAGGAUUGUUUUUUUAUAGGAUGUGAUAUAAGUCCUUCCUUGAUUAAGAUCUGCUCAGACAGAGAGCAUGAAGUUCUGGUCGCGGAUGCUGUGAAUCUCCCUUACAGGACUGGUUUCGGUGAUGCAGCGAUAUCUAUAGCUGUGUUACAUCAUUUAAGCACUGAAAAUAGAAGGAGAAAGGCAAUAGAAGAAUUGGUCAGAGUUGUUAAAAAGGGUGGCCGUGUUCUGAUUACAGUUUGGGCUGUAGAGCAAGAGGAUAGUAAGCUGAUUACCAAAUGGACUCCACUGAAUGAGAAGUAUGUUGAUGAGUGGGUAGGACCAGGUAGUCCUCAUACUCGGGCACCUUCAUCCUCGUCAUUGGAAAGUAUCCCCGAAAGUGAGGUGAGUACCUCUGGUGAGCACAUGGAAGUUUGCCAUGAGGCACAUGUAUCAAGAUAUUUGGAGGAAGAAAAAAAUAUAAAGAAUCAACAGGAAUACUUUGUUCCCUGGCAUUUACCUUAUCAUCGUGCUGAAAUCAGUGGCGCUUCUGCCGAAGCUCUUGCUGCUGGUCUGGCAACGAAAGAUGACAAAAAAGGUGCUGUGGUGUAUAAUCGAUAUUAUCAUGUUUUUAGUGAAGGCGAGCUUGAAAGUUUGACAACUGAAAUAAACAAUGCUAUAAUUGUUGAUCAGUUUUUUGAUAAAUCCAACUGGUGCAUUAUUCUAGAGAAGACAGUAUGACCAAGAAAGAAGAAACCUGGUUGAUAUGUGUAAGGGAACAAAACUAGGCUGCUGCCUCCUUUAAACAUCCGUCCAGCUUCUCAUCCUUGAGGGAGUAUAGCAGGCCGGAUUGUAGUAUAACAACUUUUACAACAUUUAUCUUGCAAGUUCAACUUUGAAUUAAGGAUUGUAGUAUAACAACUUUUACAACAUCUAACUUGCAAUUAAAAAAUAUACACAAAUUUGGAUGAA